UGGGAAAUGACGACAGAGGACAAUUUCCUUCAGCACAUUCGGAAGAAUAUUUUCUUUGAUGAAAAGUAAAAAAAAAAGAGGUGAUAUUAAUGGAAAUGCUGGCUGUAAUUUUUACAUUCAUAACUUUGGCCAAUUCUGAAAUGCUAAAUAUCUCCUCAACUUAUAUUCCGCAGCAUCGAUUCGACGUAAACGAUCAUGCGAAUGUUUCCGAACUUAAUCUUUGGAAAUGGUUUUCAGUGGACGAUAUUUUGGAUAAAAUAUCUUUAAACAAAUAUCUUCUUAAGAUAGUUGACAAUUUCAGAAAUGGUAUGAUAAAAGGAAUGCCUUCAUUAAAGAUUCCAGUACUGGAACCAUUUUCUCCACCCGAAAUAAAUGUUAAAGUAAACGAUUCAAAAGCUAAUCUACACAUUAUUAUACGAGACUUAAAAGUUUAUGGUCUAUCAAAUUUCAUAGUCGAUUAUUUAGAUACGAGUAUAAAACAUCUUAAUAUGUCGUUUGUCUUCCGAGUUUUAGAAUUGAACGCAACUGGGUAUUAUUACAUAAAUGGCAAAGUUAUUAAAAUUAUUCCUCUGAGAGGAAACGGAUCUUGGUGGUUGCAGAUGGAUAAUUUAACGAUGUCAGCUUCCGCAUCUUUAGACAUUACUGAUAAAGAAAAAUUUCGAAUGGGUAAACGUUUGGAAGUUAAAAUGGAUUUCCAAACAGUCAGGAUGAAUUUUGAAAAUUUGCUUGGUGAUGGAAAUUGGGUUCGAGUAGUAAUAAAAUUAUUAAACGAUUUAAGUAGGACACUUUUCCACAAGUUUCAACCUCUGUUAGCCGGUAAAGUGAAGGAAGAACUUCGAAAAAUUGUCAAUAAAGAAUUCGAUAAGAUGCCAAUUAAAGCUAUUCGACCAGGUAGCACGGCUAAUGAAUAUAUGGAUCAAAUCUUAGCCAACGUUAAAGAACAAAUUAUACACCAUAACUUGGAGCCUAUGGAAUUGCCCGAUUAUAUUUAUAAUUUCAGUAAGAAAGUUAUGUUUAUAGAAAUGAAUGGAGAAGCAAAAUUAUACGAUGGAUUGUUAAUUGGAGCAUCGUCCAUUCAUAGAACUGGCGACUGUAUUUUAAACGCUACCGAAAAUGUAGCCAUCUUAGGUGCUCAUCUGGGUUUACAGAACUUAAAUAUAACUUAUAAAGGCCACGCCAAAUUUAUGUCAAUGGGACCGAGUAUAAAAUGUGGAGGUCACGUUGCUUCGGUAGCAUUUUAUAUUGAAAUUCAGCAAUCCAAUGCUCCCGGUUCUCAUCCAGUUUUGACAGCAUUGGAAGUAAUAGACAUGAGUACAAUCUGGAUAGAGUUAUCUGGACUUGGGCCAUUAACCUGGAUUAUGAAGUGGCUUUUAACGGGAUUAACUAAGCUUAUGGAAGAUUUUUUAAUAGAAAAAGUAACUUCUUACAUCAAAGAAUAUGUAGAAGAACAAUUAAGUCGGAUUUCUUUCCCAAUCGGAAAGUAAAUACGGUAGUUAAACAGUAAAAAUCAUUAAAAAUAUCGUUUUUAAACGUUUAAGCCAUGGAUUUAUUCCUGUUCUUCAUUUUAAAAUAGUAAAGUUUCUUCAUUAAAAAGUAGUAACACGAUUAAGUGCUGUAGAUACAAAGUUUUAUAAAUAAAAUUUACUUUAAUUUUA